GUUUAAUAUAACAAACAUUUUAGGUUAUGUUGAAGAAAACCCAAUAAUAUGUUUUACUUCGCUCAUAAUAACAUUAUUUUGUGAAUAAUUUAAUAAUUGUUUGGUGUUUAUUAAAGAUAUUAUAGUAUAUAAAUAAUUUUAAAAACAAAUAAGAUGAGCGUGAAAAAAAAGUGUUGUGUGCCAGAUUGCACCGACUAUGAAGUGAAAAGACAUAGGUUUCCGAAUCCCAAAAAGUUUCCGCACGAUCUGAUCGAAAUUUGGAGACGUAACGUGAACAAUCCGAGACUCAGCGCGAUGUCAUAUGAGGCUUUGAAUAAGGAAGUCGUGUGUCAGCGACAUUUCGAAUCCCAUAUGAUUGUACACAGUCACCGCGGCCUAACUAUUGACGCUGUACCUACUCUGAUUACACCCAGUCAAAUUAAAGCAUAUAAUUGUAGGUUCGAUCAGCCUCAGUUGGACAAGGAAGAACAAGUAAUAUUUGAAGAAGUAAUCAGUGAUUUUAUGGAGCAACAAAAUAUAAUAGAUCAUGAUCAGGGGUGUGAAACUGAAACAACUGAAAAAUGUGAAGUUCUGACUGGAAUGAGUGGUAGCAAGUGCGAAGAACAGUCAUUAAAGACUCAAAAGAAGUGUCUAAUGUUUUUACAUGAAGUAAAAAUGGCUAGACAAAUGCAGAAAACGGCAAAGUGUAAGAUAUUUUAUAAAGGAAUAAUCAACUGGAUUCGCAGAAGCGUCUAUUUCAUUAAAUGUCGCGAUAGUUUCGGAGUAAGAUUAAAAGCUGCUGAGAAAGUGGCAACUCUUAAAAGUUAUCAAGAGGUUCAAAAUAUAUCGAAUCCUGUUGUUUUAAAAUUAGUACGACGCCUAGUCUUAAAAAACAACUUAAAGCCACAGACUGUAUGUUACAAUGUUAAUGACAAAAUAUCUGUGCUACCCCUUUUUAGUUCUAGUGGAAAGGGCUAUGAUUUUCUUUCUGAAAUAUUCUCUUUGCCUUCAAGAAGAAUUCUAAUAAACCUUCUUCAUAGCUACUCGAUAAAGCCAGGUCUAGAUGGAGAUGCGUUUACGUGUUUAUCAAAACGUAUGGAAAAUUUAAAACAGCAGGACAAGCUUUGCGUUUUGAUUUUCGACGAGGUAAUUGUGAAACCAUCUGUAAACUAUAAUAAGCAAGAAGACUGCUUAGAAGGAUUUCAACAAAUUGGAAAUGACAAGACUAGAUUAAUUGGGAACAACGCCAACGUAUUUAUGGUGAAAGGAGUAACUGGUGAAUGGAGUCAACCUCUGAUGUUCACCAUCACCAAUGGGCCUAUAAAAGUAGUCACAUUGGCAAGUCACAUCAAGACUCUUAUUGUAAGUUUACAAGAGAUUGGUUUGACUGUGGUGGCCACAGUUUGUGGCCAGAACGUCAUCUAUCAAAAGGCUAUACACCAGUUGCUGAAAGCGGAUAUAAAAAUGGGAAGGAGUCACUUUAAUGUAAACGGACACGACAUUGCUUUGCUGUUUCAUGUGCCAGAUUUGUACAAGGACAUUAGGAACAAUUUUGUGACCAAAGAUAUAUACUUGACUGAUCAGUAUGAUUUGAAAGUGGCCAAAUGGGAUCACAUUGUCCAAUUUUUUAAUCUGGAUUCAUCUGAUUGUCCAAGAUUGGUACCUGAACUCACUGAACAGCACGUGAUACCUCGCAAAAUAAAUAAAACUAAUGUGGGUUGUUGCACACAAGUUUUCAGUGAACGAGUGGGCAAUCUUAUGAAGAGGGUAGCAAAAUGGAACGUCAAACACGAAUUCCGGCUGCCUUUGGACGCCACCGACACCGCAGACGUCAUAUUGUUCCUAGAUGAGCUUUACAAUAGUUUAAAUUCAGAUACAAUGGCGACACCAUCAUCCUUCUGCAAACCGAUGAUAUCGGCAGUACCAUCGAAGUCGGCUAACCACGAAUUUUGGACGUUUGCCAUUAGAAAGUUGGAAAGUAUGAGGUAUUUCUGCAAAAGAAGAGGCCGAUUUGUUGCGGUCUCCUCGUUGGACAAUCUUAAGCAUACAAUAAGAGAAAUGCAGGAUUUGUACCGUAGAUUGUUCAAAGACCAUAAAUUAACACGCAUUUCACCUAGAACGUUUAAUAAAGAUCCAAUCGAAGAUUUUUUGGCGGGUAUUGGUCAUGAGAAAACAGUUUCUCAUUUCAUUACAUCUUAUAGAACACUCUUGUUGAGUCGUUCCUUAACUCGUCGAUCACAUAUAGAAGAAAACGUUCGUGAAACUAAACAAGUGUUUCCUGAAAGCACAUUUAUGUCUAAAAGGAAGAUAUCGGGACUUUACGUGGUAAAUAGAAUAUAUCGAUUUGUGGCAAAGAUGUGUCUGAAGAUCACAAAGAACUGUGAUAGUUGUGGAAAUAAAUUGAACCAGAUUGUCGGGAUUAGGAAAUAUAAGGAAACGAAUUUCUUAAAGACGUCCAGCCCUCUUCGUCGUGCAAUUAAGAGAAUCCUACCUUUGAUAUACAGAUUAAUAUCUCAACUAUGCAUCAAGACUGAAAUUUUAAGCAGGAUUAUUCGUCUUUUGUUACCGACUGUAGAUUUAGGUUUUUCGGAUUGUUCCAGACAUGACAUGAAUUAUAUCGUAUUGAAGUUAAUUUCGGAAUGUGCAAUAGAGUCUUGGUGUAAAAGUAUCAAUUUACUGUUGAACGGAAAAGACGUGAAACUUGUAAAUUGUUCAAAAUCCACCAGUAAAGACCCUAUAGAAAUUGAAGUCUGUUCAAUGUAUAGAAGGUUUAAAUUCAAAAAACCAUUUUAAUUUGUAAUUUGUACGAAAUAAAGACUAUACUUGCCUUAUGCUGUGUGCUUAUUGUGUUUCCCCCGGGUUUUCUGUGUUAAUAAAAUAACAAGCAAACUAACACUUUCUUAGUAAAUUUAUUUGUGCAUAUUGUUACAUACAUACAUACCAUAAUCUCAAUUUUUAACCCAAAUUAAAUGACUUCACUCAAAUAAUCAAGUACAAUCAACAUUAAAUUAAUAAUGAUAAUAAUAAUAAUAAUGCUAAUAUUGUUAUAUGACACAUACAAUUUACACUUAAGAAUUAAUAUACAUUUAAAAUUAAAGCUACCGAUUAUUAGUUAGUAGUUUACUGGUUAGUAAACACCACAAAUUAGGUCUAGAAUUAGGGAAAGGAGAUUCUCAGAAUCAUCCCACACUUGUCAAUCAGCAACCCUUAAGUGUUUGUUUCUCAUACAUAAGAAAGUGGAUUUAAAACAACUUUGAAAAUACAACAAUUCUAUUUAUAAAUUUAUUUUCGAUACUAAGUACAACAAGAGACUUUAUUUAUAACGUAAAGUACUAAAUACUUCCUUCAAUGGGAACGGAGAGAGUUCACAUAUCACAGUUGGUUGGAAAAUUCAAUUCGAUUUGUGCGUUUUCAGAUCUGUGAUAGACAACAACAAAUGAGUGGUAGUACUGACGAAACAUAAAAUGCGUAUUGAACUUUCUCCGCUUUCCGAUAUCGGAUAACUAUAAAUACUAAUGGGUAUUAUUAAAUUCAAUUAUUUAUUGCACGUGGCUCACAAUCAAAUAAAAUGGUUUCUAACAUUAUUGCACACAAACCAUAACAUUAAUCAUAUUGUUAUUGUUCUUAUUGCCGAAUCGUGGAAAUUGAUUUUAGAAAAAUUGUGGACAAGCUGGACGGAUAUAAAGAGAUUCUGAUUAGGUGUAGUAUUUCUUUCUUUCUUUCUUUUAAAGUAGCUCUAGAUUCUUUUAUCAGUUCAGUCUAUCGAAUUCAAUUAACUUAAAGAAAUAAAACAUAAAUGGACUUGUUUGUUUGGCACUGGAACUUGGUGAGGUGCCUGACCAUUUAGUCUUCCACACGAGUGGAGCAAUGAGAUUCACUACUACUGUGUAAUUAAACGAGGAGAAUAAUAUCAUAUCCAGAUGUAGAUCUAUAAAGAUAACUACUACCACUGCUACGAACAUAUACAAAGAGCGUAGUGUGUAAAACAAUUUCUAAUAAAAUGACUAAUUAAUUUUAUAAAUCGCAUAAACAACAAAAACUCUAUAUAAUAUAUCUUCUAUGUAAUUAAAUAUUGUUUGAUAAUUUGUUCAACUGCAUAAAUAAUAAAAUAUAUAACUAUAUUAAGUAACUUAUACCUACCUUAAGCAAUACAUAACAUUUAUUGCAUAUUAUUUGUUACAUUCAAUAAAUACAUUACGGAUGAUUUGAUGAAAUUUAAAAAUGUUUUGCCUGUUUGAAUAGUUAAAAUAAAAUUAAAUAGAAGAAAAAAAAAAAAAAAAAAA